GCCUUUUCGCGGUUGCACCGCGGCGGCCAAGAUGGCGGCGCGCACGCUACGGGCCCUUUGCCGGCCGCGGCUGCUGGCGGCCGGCUUCUCGCGGCGGGCGGCUGCCGGGGCCGAGUUCCGGAGCGCCUACAGCCUGGACAAGCUCUACCCGCCGCGGGGGGGCGACACCGGGGACACCGGCAGCGUCCCGGAGCAGGAGGCCAAGCCGCCAGCCCUCGACAUCCCCAUGGACCGACUGACUGUAUCCUACAGCCGGAGCAGCGGCCCUGGUGGGCAGAAUGUUAAUAAAGUGAAUACUAAGGCAGAAGUCAGGUUCCACCUGGCAUCAGCAGACUGGAUCCCAGAAGCUGUGAGACAAAAAAUGGCAUCAAUGCACAAAAAUAAGAUAAACCGAGCUGGUGAGCUGAUUGUGAACUCUGAGGAGAGUCGCUACCAAAUGAGGAAUCUGGCGAUUUGUUUAGAAAAAAUCAGAGUCAUGGUCACAGAGGCUACUGAGAAGCCGAAAGUGAUGUCUAAGGAGACUGCACAGGAGCUCAUAGCCAGGGUGGAAAAAAUGAACCGUGAACGACUAAGACAGAAAAAGAUACACUCGAAUAUAAAACAGAGCAGGAAGGCAGAUUUCGACUGAGAACAGCGGAGGUGGAAGUCCUUGGCACACCACCAUUUUAAGAAAUAUUGUUGGCAGCUGAAGAUGAUACUAAACUUAUGAGCUGGAUUGAAUAAAACCUGUCCAAAAAUGUAAAUAAAAAUAAUAAACAUCUUUUGAACCUAAGGA